AUGUCAGCAUCAACUACAAGUUCAAUUCCUUCAACUCAAUAUGGAUUCUUGUAUGAAAAAUCAAAAGGAUUAAAUUUAAAAACUGAUUUACCUGUAAAAAAACCAAAAACAGGUGAAUUAUUAUUAAAAAUUGAUUCUGUUGGAUUAUGUCAUUCUGAUCUUCAUGUAAUUUAUGAAGGAUUAGAUUGUGGUGAUAAUUAUGUAAUGGGUCAUGAAAUUGCAGGAACUAUAUGUGAAUUAGGACCAGGUGAUAAUAGUAGUGGAUUUAAAAUUGGUGAUAGAGUAGCCGCAGUUGGACCAAAUGGUUGUGGAUCAUGUAAAUUUUGUCGUGAUUCAAUGGAUAAUGUAUGUAAGAAAGCAUUUGGAGAUUGGUAUGGAUUAGGAAAUGAUGGAGGAUAUCAAGAAUAUUUAUUAAUUAAUAAACCAAGAAAUUUAAUUAAGAUUCCAAAUGGUGUUAAUUCAAAUUUAGCUGCUGCUUCUACUGAUGCUAUAUUAACUCCUUAUCAUGCUAUAAAAAUGGCUAAUAUAAAACCAACUUCUAAAAUUUUAAUCAUUGGAGCAGGAGGAUUAGGUGGAAAUGCUAUACAAAUUGCAAAAAUUUUUGGUGCUAAUAUAACAGUAAUUGAAAAAAAACAAAAAGCCAGAGAAGAAGCAAAAAGAUAUGGAGCUAAUGAAAUUUAUGAAACAUUACCCUCAACAAUUCCUCCAGGUAGUUUUGAAUCAUGUUUUGAUUUUGUUUCAAUUCAAGAAACUUUUGAUAUAUGUCAAAAAUAUGUUGAACCAAAAGGUAAAAUUAUACCAGUUGGUUUAGGUACAAAAGAAAUUAAAUUUAAUUUAGCAGAUUUAGAUUUAAGGGAAAUUCAAAUAUUAGGAUCAUUUUGGGGUACUUCUACUGAUUUAGAAGAAGUUUUGGAAUUAGUUGAUUCAAAAGCUAUAAUUCCAAAAGUUCAAGUUGCAAAAUUAAAAGAAUUACCUGAUUAUUUUGAAAAAUUAAGAAAUAAUCAAUAUGAAGGUAGAAUUGUUUUUAAUCCUUGA